UCUCGCUUCUCUGUUCCAAAGAAAGUAGCGAUGGGCGGCUUGUCGUAAGUUUUUGAAAUCAAUUUUUUCUCAUUACAGUCGUUUGGAAAAUAUGUGAAUGCCAGUUUUACGGCAUAACAAUACUUUCGAUGUUUCUGUUUUUUUCCACAUGUCUUAUAAGAGUCCUAAGAGUAGGAAAAUAGCUCGAUCGUUCUUACUCUUGUUAUGUUUUGAAGUCUGUGAAUUUUGUUGCUAUUUUUCACAGUUACUUGUUUAAAGCUUUAAUUUUGGCUAAUGUUUCUGUAUCACAAGUGAUGCGAAGCUCUGCUUUGCCUCUGUGUCGCAAGUGGUGAUUUUACGUCUUUGUCACCUUAAAAUUUACUGGAAGUAUAAGUUCAUAAAAAAUGUCUGGCCUUGAAAAUGUCAAAAAAAAAUACAUGUCCGGUGUCGUCAUUCUUGUUUAGUACAUUUGUUUAAAAGCAGAUGUUUGUUUGUAUUGUGGGCAAUGUAAAAUGAGCAGCUACAGAAAAAAAAGCAGUAGCAGCGAAGACGGGGAAGUAUCUGGAGAAAAUUCAGACCACCAGGAUGAAGAUAUAGUCCCAACGAAAGUAUCAAACAAGAAGUUAUGGUCUAAUGUCAUGUUGGACCAGACAGCGGAUGAUGUUAUCGCAGGAGUUAAUGCCUUUGAGGGAUCAUGCAGCAAUAGAGAUGUGGAAAGUUAUCAACCUAGAAAGCGUAGGCGGAGUGAAACUGACGAGCUGGAUGUUGUACUUGAUAGUGUAGAAACAAGAAGCGAUGUAUUUGCUAAUUCUGAGCAGAUCAAUGGAACGACUCAGCCGAAUGUAGAUGACAGUUUGGGUGCUGGUAAGCGAAGAAAGUGUGUGGUAUACGAUGAUGAUUCAACCAAUAACGACAAUGAGGAAACUUAUAGACAACUGGACCAGGAAACAACCGCAUCUGAUAAGAUACCCCACGAACUAGACGUAACGUUCGAAGAUGUGAUCGUAGAGAGCAGUGCAUUCCUAGAUAGAGCGAAACAGAGACACAUGCGACCUCCGAAAGACCCGGAGAAGACUUCGAAACAAGAUGUCAUUAGAUAUCUCACAUGGCUUUUGAACGAGAAAAACACUGAACUACUGGAGCGUCUACUGGACAUCAAAACUAUCGGAUUUGUGUAUUAUAUUGUUGACAGAACUAUUACAAAGGAAAAAGAGGGAGGAAUUUUGACCAACAGUGGAAUUAGAAAACGUCUUCCAGGUGGAGUGUUUAUAUCUCUUCUCAAGGUGCAUCUGAGUCAGUUCGAGCGAUUGGUGGUGCUAGACGGAAAAUCGCAACUAGCGGCCAAGAAUCUAUGCGUGCGAAAAAGCUCAAAGAAAAACAGAAAACGAGCGGCCAAAUUGAGAAAGAAACAAAACGACAAGAAAAGUUUAGAAGAUGCAGAAACACUGAAAUGUAAUCCUGAAGUGGUAAUGGACAAUGUCGUCAAUAAUGUAUUACAGUGUGAGUCUGACGAAGAACCGGAAGACGCUGAAAACGAGGCUGCUCUGGAAAAGGAAAUAAACAUUGAAAAAAGUGAAAAUAUGGAAAACGGAAAUGAAUUUAAAAACAUCGAAAAUGGCGAUGAAACUGCUGAGGCAGUUGAAGAGUGCUCGAAAAUAGAUGACAGCGUGUUAAAUGAGAAAGAAGAAGCUAAAUAAAAUUCAAAUGAAAUCUAGAAGUAACAAUUUCGUUGUGCUCGCUUAGUUUUAUAGUUCUAAUUUAUAUCUAUCUUCACUCUAUUUAUUUGAAUAUCAUUUGUUUUCGUUUCCUUGCAUCAAGAAUGGGUUAAAAUUAAUAAGUAACAGCUCAGAGACUUCAAGUGGAAGGAAAAUCUCAUGUAAUU